CACUGUGGAUCCACUGAUCAACUCGCCACUAAAAUCAUCUCAUACUGCCGCCUUUGCUAGAAUAUGAGUGCUGACACGAAUAACGCCCCUGCGGCUCAGGAACUGGUCAUGAUACAUUCGUACGAUCCAGAGCGGGACACUACUUUCCAAGCACUGGCAUCUUCCAGUGUAUACCGCAAAGGGCGUCAGAACAAAAUUCUCCUAAAAUGUACGCAGUGUCAAACAGCAAUGGAGAAACCUCGACACUGCGCAAAGUGUAAGAGUGUGUUGUAUUGUUCAAAAGAGUGCCAAAAGCAACACUGGCCCACCCACAAACUGGGAUGUAACGAAGUCGAACAAUCCUCCUCGAGGGGGGCACUCUUCAAACUCAUCCGAACGCUCGGUGUGAAUCCGCUGAUCAUGAUGUACCUCAAAGUUGCCAUUGUCCUCGAAUGUGGCCUACUCCGCAAUCCCCGUGUUGGAUUCGAGGUGCCUUUCGUGGCACAUGUUGAUAUUGGCCUUGAGCCGAGUGAUGUUUUUGACUUCAUGGGAUUGUAUUUUGAUGGAAAUUGGGCUGCUGGAGAGAAACUUCAAGGGAUGGCGCAAGUCAACGCCAUAACUCCGUGGCACCCGGGUAUGAAGGGCGCGGACCCGCUCACACCGCAGCGACAACUCCAAUGGCGUGAGGCUCGGAUAAAGCAUAAUACAGGGCGGUUCGCCAAAGAUCCUGUUGGGCUGCUAGAUCUCACCUGUGUAGGACUCUCGAGCACCGCCAUAAGCUUUGAGUGUCACAUCAACUCUGUUGUCCUUGAGAUGGCGAGGGAACGUGAGCCCUUCGAACGUACCUGUCCCCUCACGGGCACUCGAUUCCAGCAACCCUUUAGCGCUAUGAGAUGUCUAGAGUAUAUCAACAUGCAUAUUCGGGCGGAUAUGCAGAACAAGUUGCAUUUACGGACAGAGAUGACAGAGCAAGACAAGGAGGUGAUUCGUGCCGCAGGUCGCAACGAGGACACAGAUCCUGCGCGUACUCUCAGACAGAAGAUGGAAAGAGAACUCAUGUAUUCUAGUGUGGUUCGACACACCCGAGGCAUUCCAGAGCGAGCAAGGGCCGGCAGACCCGAAGUGCGUAUUUCCUGCCCUUGUGGGUUUUUGGGCUGUAAGGGCCUUGCAGCCCCACUGCCUCAGCCUAACCUUCAUGUUUGCACAGUCAGAUGUGAGUACACAUCCCUGGUGAUUUCUCAUUUUUGUUGAGUCUUGUUCCAAGAGAAGGAAGGGAAAAAAAACUUUCACAAGUCCACAUCAGUGGUUCAAAUUCAGUCCUCCGCCCGUGACUCUU